GCGCCCUUCGUUUCAGUAAUAAUGUCUGGCCAUUUCGAAGACAAUCCCCCAAUUGUUUCCCCUCAACCGCCACAAUCUCCAGUUACUUUACCUUUACCACCUGUACGCCCACAACUAUUAAAUCAUUAUCCUUCCAUCUGGAAAAAAAGAAUUUCCAUUAAAAAAGACGACGAAGGAACUGAUUGUUAUGUUCAUUUUAUAUUCGUUUCUAGUGAUUCUAAAAAUGAUAUUCACGAGGAAAUUUCAAAGUGUUUUAAUAUGGAACGAUUUUCCCUCCGUGAUUCUGAGCAAAAUUUUAUCACUGGAAGUUAUGAUUCUUUAGAAAGGGAUAAAUGUUAUGAUAUAAUUGAUCGUAGUGAAAAAAGCUCGAAAAAUUCAGAAAAAUCCGUUAUUAAAAAUGAAGUUAAUCUUGUUUAUAGCGACGAUACUAGCGAAAGUAUCAUUUCUAGUGAAUUAGGAAAAGGCAUAGAAAAUGAAGAAAUAAAAAAGCAAAAUUCCAAAAAUGAUAAAAUUCGAAAGCGAAAAGGAUCUGUGCAAUUCAUUACUCGUGCCAUUUCUAUUAUUCCUCUACAGGCAAAAAAACGUAAAAUUUUUUCUCCUCAAAAUUCGUCAAUUGAACAUGAGGAUAAUAUUACCGCCGAAAAAUCAAAUAGCAAGAAAAAAUCAAAAUCGACGCCAGUUCCUAGAGCUUGUUCAAGAUGUCGUCAAAUCAAAAAGGGUUGUGAUCGAAAAAGACCUUGCGGACGUUGCAUCAAGUCGAACCUAUCAGAUAACUGCGACGCUGGAAAAACUGACUACGAAGAACAGCAAUAAGAAGCAAUUAUUAAAUAAUGGAAUCUUGAUUAUUUAUUUAUUUAUCUUUUUUUUUUUAAAAAAAAAGGAAAAAAGAAAAACUCCUCAUCCCC